AUGGCAUGCCUGUCCGAGUCAGAUGACACUGGACUUUUGGGAGGAAGCACAUGGACCCAUUUUGGGACUGCCCGUGGAGUUGGUUUUGGCUUUGCUGCAGGUGCUGGUGAGCCUUCAGACACCACACCUGCUGUGGACGCCCUCGCUGUUUCGUUGACUUUGCAGCAGCAGAUGCUUUCUGGCGUCCAUUCACCAUUGUGUGACAGAGGCUUGGAGGAUGGGUCACGUCGUCAUCGUGUGUGA